AUGCACUUCAAGACCACCCUCCUCGUUGCCCUCUCGGCUUUCGCUGCUGCUCAGCAGUCUUCCCAGACAGUGGAAAACCCUGCCACCGGUUACCUCGACCAAACCAACUCCGCCGGCGCCGUCACCGGCCAGCCUGAAGCCGCAACCUCGCAGCAAGCCGCCGCUACCUCGCAACCCUCUGUCGUGACUUCCCAAGAGCUCCCAGCCGGUGUCUCGUCAAGCCUCAUCCCCUCCCAGACCUCCGGGCAGUCGACCCUGGUCACCUCCGCCGGCUCGUCCUCCGCUGAUGCUUCCUCGACUGCUACCAAGUCUACAUCUUCCUCUUCCUCUGACGAUGAUGAUGACAAUGACUCUUCUUCGUCCUCGUCUAGCUCCGGCUCGGCUAGCUCGUCCACUGCCGAUGGUGCUGCUGCCGUUCCUACUGCGGGCUCUGUCGUGUUGACUGUUGGUCUGGCUGGUGUUGCUGUGGCUGCUUUGCUGUAA